CGGCGGCCGCGCAGGCGCGGGGCGGGCGGGCGCUGUCAGCGGGGCCCGCGCUCGCUCCGGCCCGGCCAUGUCGUACGGGCCGCUGGACCCGCGCGGCCCCGGGGCGCCGCCGCCGCCGCCCCGGGACUUCGGCGGCAUCAUCCAGACAUGCAGCGGCAACGUGCAGCGCAUUGCGCAGUACACUGCUCAAAUAAAGAAUUUAAUGAGCCAGCUGGGAACCAAGCAGGAUUCCAGCAAGCUUCAGGAAAAUUUACAACAGCUGCAGCACUCUGCAAACCGCCUCGCCAAAGAGACCAAUGAAUAUCUGAAGGAGCUGGGCUCUCUGCCCCUUCCCCUGUCUGCUUCUGAGCAGCGCCAACAGAGGCUUCAGAAAGAACGAUUAAUGAAUGACUUCUCCACAGCCUUAAACAAUUUCCAGGCAGUACAGAGGCGAGUGUCAGAGAAGGAAAAAGAGACUGUAGCAAGGGCAAGAGCUGGCUCUCGUAUUUCUGCUGAUGAGCGGUUCAGAGAAGAACAGCUUGUUUCCUUUGAUAGUGGUGAAGAUUGGAAUCAGAUGCAAUCUCAGGAAGAAGAUGUGGCAAUAACUGAACAGGACCUUGAACUCAUUAAAGAAAGAGAAACUGCAAUCAGGCAAUUAGAGGCAGACAUUUUGGAUGUCAAUCAGAUAUUUAAGGAUUUAGCCAUGAUGAUUCAUGACCAAGGAGAUAUGAUUGAUAGCAUAGAGGCAAAUGUGGAAAGUGCAGAAGUCCAUGUGGAAAGAGCCAGUGAGCAGUUACAGAGAGCUGCCUAUUAUCAGAAGAAAUCCCGUAAGAAGAUCUGUAUCCUGAUUCUUGGCCUUGCUGUGGUCUGUAUAAUCAUAGGACUCAUUAUCUGGAAGACAACAUGAAAUCUUCCGUGGAACCCAGUCUCACAGCUGAGAUUUUUUCUGCCAGAGCAAACAGGCUGACUAGUCUCGGAGAUGAAUUGACCACCCUGAGAGAGCACAAGUUGGAACUACUUCUAAUAAUAGAUAUUAGCAACUAAUGUGCAGAUAACUAGUAUAUGGAAUUAGUGAACCAUGGAGACAGUAUUUAUCAGUUUAUAUACAAAUUAUAUUGUUUUAUGUAACUAAAAUCUCGUGGUUUUGCUUUCUGUAAUGUGUUCUUCCCUGUCCCAGCUGUAUGCUGAAGUGUGAUCAAUAAUUGGAGAUGUCCUGUUUUUGACAAGUCAUACAACUUCAACUUUUUGUAUGUGUAGGUAACUUUGUUGGACUGGAAUGAGAAUGACAUUCAAAGACAGCCCACCACCAAGUCACAUUAUGUAAAUCCAGCAGUUUCUAAAGUCUCCAGUAUCUGCCCCAUGGUUUUAUUGUCUCCAAGUGGCUGUGGUUCUAGAUUCUCUUGAAGGAUGAAGGAUGUUGUCACAGAUUUGAGAGGCAAGGAGGGUAUGUGUGGAUGAUGAUUUGAACCUCUACAUGCUGGUCAGUUUAGCCUUGAGACUCAUAACAGUGAGUUUAAUUUUUUUUGGGGUGUGGUUGGGGUUGUUUUUUCACAAAAUGCAUCACUUGAGGACUGAACGUUCUUUGACUUAGAAUCUAACAGUGCAAUCUCCUUAGACAAACUAGCUGGUCACUUGCUAGUGGACAAGUAAAUCUCUUCCAAUGCUGACUCAAGCACUAAUUAUAAAAGGUUUAGCUGCUCACUCCCAACUGUUUUUAGAAGCUUCCAGGGGGAAAAACACUUAAAAAUGAGGAAGUGGGCACCUAAGUUUACAAGCUAGUAAGAUUAGUGAAGAGUGUUAGCAGAAAUCUUGAUUCUGAAGAAGUGCUCUUGAAGCUCACUUGUGGUGUUCUAGUUAAUAAUAUGUGUGGCUUGUGAACAUUCGGUAUUUUCAAUUCUUUAUGAAAUAGAAAGUGCAGAAACUGGCUGAGUGAAGUGCUGGGAUUUUCAGACUGGGGAUGUGUGUGCAAAUGAAAAGGAUUGCUGGUUCCAGCUCCUAGGGUUGAGCAGAACAAGCAGCCACUCCCCACUUCAAUGUAGCUCUGAACUGACGUGCACUGAGGGAACAGUAAUCUGUCCAAAGCCCAGUGGGGGUGGUAAAAGCAGCAUACUGACCCAUUUUGUAUUUAAUCCUUCUUCCAUGUCUCGUCUAUAAUAAAGUAAACGUGAAAGCUGGGAAGGGAGUGUUCUCCCAAUUGCACAGUGGUUUGCACUAUUGCGCCGUCAUUCCAUCUAAUAAUCAUCAAUAAACACUUUUAAAAGCCUC